AUGCCGGGACAGUUCCCAGGAGCUCGUCCUGUCCCUCCCCUGGUACAGACGAGCGCUAUCAAAUGGCCCGAUGUCCGACUGGCAGAUACCUCCUCCAAGACGCCGGCAUCUCCUGGUACCAACCCUGAAGUAGAGGAGUUUCGCAAGUGGUCCAGCGACAUCGAUGACUCCUUGACCGAAAUCAAUCAAAAGCUCAACUUUCUGCUUUCUGAGACUCAGGCGUUCCGCGCGAUGGAGGCGCACUACAAGGGUCUUCAGGAGAGCACGCCGAUAGGCACCAAUCUAGGCAACUCUUGUCACCGUCUUGAUCUCCAUCAUCAAACCAUUAUCGAGACCGUGCAGAAGUUGGACACCACAAUGAAGCAAGUUGACGAUCUGACGCGUGACUUCAGUCAAUCGAAAGAUGGUUCUGAGGUCACUGUGUCGUUCAGAUCGUCGGGUCGCAAACAGACUCACUGACGGCGAAUAUUCACGCAGUAUUAGAAGCAGUCUGCCCAUGCAUUCCCCAUUUGUGGGUUCCACGAGUGUUACUUCGUGACUGGUGCUUAGCGAAUUCUGCUUCAUUCUUUACGGUAAUGAUAACACCCAUUGUGCUAGGAAAAUAGCGUUGCUUGGGCACCAUGUUGGGAAUGAAUGAAGGAGCGAUGCAGGGAGAAAGGAAAGAGAAAACCAUUGUGAUUUUGGAAAGGCAUUUUCUUGAUGAAGUGAU